AUGUCGCUGGAGAUGGAUAUGAAGACAGCCGGCAGAGCCAUAGCCGAAUGGGGAUGUUACUUCCUCGAGAAACCAAUUUCAAUGGAGGACAUCGAGCUCGUUUGGCAAAUCGUAUACAGGAAAGUCAGAAAUCCUAGGGCAAAAAGUUUGGGAGAAAACACGAAACUGGGGAAGAGAUCUGAAAUUGACGGAAUGUUAGGGCGAAUCGUGAACGUUACAAGAGAAGUGGAGUGGAAACCGCUUGAAGAAGAAGAGAAGGGGGGAAAUGGGGGAAAAUGUAGAGAUCAGGGAGAAGAGAAAUUGAAUCCAUUGGUGAAAGUGGAAGAGAAGACGAACAGAAAUGAGCGAACGAACAAGAAAUCGCGGAUUGUUUGGAAUUCGAAAUUGCAUCGAAAAUUUACAGAAGCAUUGAGCAAACUUGGAAACAGAAAAUCGAGCCCUAAAAUUAUACUGAAGAUGAUGGAUGAACCAAGUUUAACGCUUCGCCAAGUUGCAAGUCACCUACAGAAAUUCAAGUCUCAAGUAAAGCAUUUAAAUAAGAUAACAGCAAAUGAUUCAUCAUCAUCCACUUCAUUUGUCAAAAACCAACUUCAACAAUUACCUCCAAAGCGCAAUACAAACAUAUUAACCCAGCAAAUUAGUUACAUUACAGAUCACAACCUCAGACAUUCACAAGUCCCAGCUGCCAGCUGCUUGAAUAAUCCUCCUACUCAACUCCCUAAUUCUCAAGAUGUUUUUAGUCCUCAUCUCAUAAUGAUGAACCAAAACAACUCCUCAAAUUCAUACAGAACGACACAGUACCGGACGACUAACAACGAUCUCCAACUCAAAACUUAUGGAGGAUUAUUUGAAGAAAUGAACCUCAAUCUCGUUGAAGGCAACCAUGUCUUCACCGACGAGCUUUACACGAAUGAAAGUACUUUAGAAGGUUUUAUUCAGACAUCUCAUUAUUCUUCUUCCAACUUCCAGCAUUUUCCUGCAGAUGAAGAUUAUUAUUGCUCCUUUUUCCAAGAUGAUCAUGGUCAGUUGGAGUUUGCUCAAAACUUGGCUGGCAGCUGUUUGGAUGUUGACAAUAAUAUCAUCACGUCAAUGUCGGGAGCGCAUUCGGCCGUAAUUGCAGGUCGUUCUAUGAAUCAGAAUGUUGCCUUAAAGGAACUUGAUGAUCUGCUGAACAAUACAGAAGAAGAUCCAAUGGUAUAUUGCUGUUAUGACGGUGAGAUGAACUCCUUUGACAUUGAUCAAUACUCCGAAUGGUUAAAUGCAUGA